CUUCCUCUCUGCAAGACACAUUUUUGUAGUACGGAAGCGUGCGUUACUUGUCAACAUGGCGGAGGUGGAAAUCGAGGAAUUCAUUGAACAAAACAGGCAUUUGGCCACGCUUGUAGAUACAUAUCGUGGCAUCUCAGAGAGUGAAAAACACUGGAAGGCCAGGAGGGAAUUCCUAUUCAGAAAUAUAAACGACUUUGAGGACCCACACAUUGACCAGCUGCUAGCAUUGUCCAUGGUAUGGGCCAACAACGUGUUUCUUGGCUGUCGAUACAGUCCAGACCUCCUGGAGAAAAUGAAGGAAAUGGCUGAAGGAAUCGUGGUGGAGGAUGCCCCUGUUUUCAAAACCAGAGAUGAGAUAAUGAAAAAUCAGAUCAUUUGGCAGUACGUCCAACCGGCCUCACAACCGCAGACCACGUGUAACCAUGCCAGCCCAGGACCUCCAUCUGGCUUCUUCACCUGCAGGAUCGUCUGAGACCAGCCACCCAGACAGCUGAUGAAACUGGGUUUGCACAAAAUAUCUCUGCACAAACUGUCAGAAACCGUCUCAGGGAAGCACAUCUGGGUGCUCAUCGUCCUUACCAGGGUCUUGUUUGGUGUCGUAACCGACUUCAGUGGGCAAAUGCUCACCAUCGACGGCCACUGGCAUGCUGGAGAAGUGUGCUCUUCACGGAUGAAUCCCGGUUUCAACUGUACCGGGCAGAUGGCAGACAGCGUGUAUGGCAUCGUGUAGACGAGCGGUUUGCCAAUGUCAACGUUGUGAACAGAGUGCCCCAUGGUGACAGUGGGGUUAUGGUAUGUGCAGACAUAAGCAACGGACAACAAACAUAAUUGCAUUUUAUUGAUAGCAAUUUGAAUGCACAGAAAUACCGUGACGAGAUCCUGAGGCCCAUUUUUAAGGUAUCUGAUCAACAUCUGUAUUCCCAGUCAUGUGAAAUCCAUAGAUUAGGGCCUAAUGAAUUAAUUUCAUUGACUGAUUUCCUAAUAUGAACUAACUCAGUAAGAUCUUGGGAAAUUGUUGCGUUUUGUGUUUAUUUUUGUUCAGUAUAGUUGUGCAAUACAUUUUAUAGAUAAAGGGAUAAGUAGGGUAUCGUUUGUUAAAUGUGUGCAUGCUUUUCUCCUUUGAGAAAACCGCUCAUUCAAAGGGGUGGACAGAUCUCAAAAUUCUUCAGCAAAGGACUCCGGUAGGAUACUCGUGCUUUCUCAGGGGGAGGCGAGGACACUCCUCUGUUUACCUACUAACUUAUUGACACUCUUCAACCACUUAUCGGUUUCCGGGUCACAGAGGACUGUCUUUUCCCCCAGUUGCUUGCUACUACCAAUCGAGGUUGCAGCGGAUGAGGAUUAUUUAAUACAGUCAAAGACAAAACAAUUAUACAUGCCACAGCUGCACUCUUCACAAGAGCUGAAAUCAAAAUCUCAAAGUCUGAAAAAUGUUUUAUUUUGUUUACACAGCAUAUAAGUAUACAUUGAGUGAAUUCACAAAAAUGUAUAACAUAUCCCUUCUCCAUAUAAGGUAAAAUAAACCACUUGCCACUAUGACCCAUCCUGUAAAAAAUAUAUAUAGCAAAUCAAAUGUUAUUUAUCACAUACACAUGUUCAGCAGAUGUUAUUUACCCUAGUAAACAUGAAAAAUUACUUCCAUAAUAAUGUUGGCAAUGGACAGUGUACUCGUUAAUACAGUGCAUUCGGAAAGUAAUCAGACCCUUUGACUUUUUCCACCUCAAUCUACACACAACACCCCAAUAAUGACAAAGCAAAAACAGAUGACAUUUUUGCAAAUUUAUGUAAAUAAAUAAAAUUUAAAAUUACAUAAGUAUUCAGACCCUUUACUCAGUACUUUGAAGUACCUUUGGCAGAGAUUACAAACUCGAGUCUUAUUGGGUAUGAAACAACAAGCUUGGCACAGCUGUAUUUGGUGAUACAGAGCCUCAAGAUCUGUCAGGUUGGAUGGGGAUCGUCGCUGCACAGUUAUUUUCUGGUCUCUCCAGAGAUGUUCGAUCGGGAUCAAGUCCCGUCUCUGGCUGGGCCACGCAAGGACGUUCAGAGACUUGUCCCAAAGCCACUCCUGCGUUGUCGUGGCUGUGUGCUUAGGGUCGUUGUCCUUUUGGAAGGUGAACCUUCGCCCCCAGUCUGAGGUCCUGAGCAGGUUUUCAUCAAGGCUUCGUUCAUCUUUGCCUCGAUCCUGACUAGUCUCCCAGUCCCUGCCACUGAAAAACAUCCCCACAGCAUGAUGCUGCCACCAUGCCUCACCGUAGGGAUUGUGCCAGGUUCCCUCCAGAUGUGGCGCUUGGCAUUCAGGCCCAAGAAUCUUGGUUUCAUCAGACCAGAGAAUCUUGUUUUUCAUGGUCUGAGAGUCCUUCAGGUACCUUUUGGCAAACUCCAAGUGAGUUGUCAUGUGCCUUUUACUGAGUGGCUUCUGUCUGGUCACUCUACCAUAAAGGCCUGAUUGGUGGAGUGCUGCAAAGAUGGUUGUCCUUCUGGAAGGUUCUUCCAUCUCCACAAAGGAACUCUGGAGCUCUGUCAGAGUGACCAUCGGGUUCUUGGCUCGUCUCCCCUAGUUGCUCAGUUUAUAGGAAGAGUCUUGGUGGUUCCAAACAAGGCCACUAUGUUCUUGGGGACCUUCAAUGCUGCAUAAAUGUUUUGGUACCCUUCCCCCAGAUCUGUGCCUCGACACAAUCCUGUCUCGGAGCUCUAUAGAUAAUUCUAUGGAUAAUUCCUUUUUGCUCGUACAUGCACUGUCAACUGUGGGACCUUACACAAACAGGUGUGCCUUUCCAAAUAAUUUCCAAUCAAUUGCAUUUACCACAGGUGGACUCCAAUCAAGUUGUAGAAACAUCUCAAGGAUGAGCAAUGGAAACAGGAUGCACCUGAGCUCAAUUACGAGUCUCAUACCAAAGGGUCUGAACUACAUAUAUAAAGAGGUAUGUUCUUUUAAAUACAUUUGCUAAAAUGUCUAAACCGGUUUUCGCUUUGUCAUUAUGGGGCAUUGGAGGGAAUUUAAAAAUAAAUGUAAAAAUUGUAGAAUAAGGCUAACAAAAUGUGAAAAAGGCUUAUAGCAGAUGUGUUGUUCAAUUACAGGUCCAAACAGUAGGAUGUUUGUUGGAGUCAGCCUACUCUCUGUCCAUUUUCCUAGAUGAGACAAAGUGUCCUCUUUAUUACAAGUGCCACUGUACUUAAAGUUCAUACAAUUAACACAUCUUUUGUGUUUCUGACUUAGGUCUUUUUUUU